CCAGGUGGAAUGCCGGAAAUUCCUGUUGUUGACUAUCGGAUAUUUGUUUUUCGGCCUCUUUACAGACCUACUGACUACCUGUUUUUGUCUACUUUCUAUUUUUGCUUUAUUUAGUGAGUGUUAAGGGGUCAACGACAGAGACAUUAUUCGUGUUGGAUUGGAGGGCUUCAUAUAAACACCGAGUCAAUUGUAGUCGGGCCCGAGGCUGGGCUAACUUUAGCCUAGCAUUCACUGAAGACCUGCUAGCUAGCGUUAGCUUGUAUUAGCUGCCACUCCAGCUGGCUUAAAAGUCAGCUGUUCACUCAUUUAGCUCAUUCAUAACAGUUAAAACAAACACUCAAAAACCAUGGCAGUUGUCAACGAAGGUGCCCUGAAGAAAAUGCUGAAGCAAUAUAAAUACAGAGAUCUGACUGUUCGUGAGAUAACCAAUGUCAUCUCCCAAUACAAGGACUUGAAGCCGCUUAUGGAUGCUUAUGUGUUUAAUGAUGGAUCAACAAGAGACCUGAUGAGCUUGACAGGAACAGUCCCAGUGAGCUACAGAGGCAAUGUCUACAACAUCCCAGUGUGUCUGUGGUUGCUGGACACAUAUCCUUACAACCCUCCCAUAUGUUUUGUCAAACCUACCAGUGCCAUGAUGAUUAAAACUGGCAAGCACAUUGAUGCCAACGGCAAGAUCUACCUACCUUAUCUACAUGAGUGGAAGCAUCCUCAGUCAGACCUGUAUGGUCUGAUUCAGGUCAUGAUUGUAGUGUUUGGAGAGGAGCCUCCUGUGUUUUCUCGCCCCACCACACAAGCUCCCUACCAAGCCUUCCAAGCAGCUGGACCACCCAACCCAUCCUACAUGCCUGGCAUGCCAGCGGUCUCAUCCUAUGGCCCAAACCCAAACCCAGGAGGCUACCCAGGAUACCAGUACCCAUCUGGUAACUCCUACCCAGCCACUGCUGGACCUGCACACUACCCCACCCAGACUCCAGUUUCCACAGUGGGCCCGGGCAGAGAUGGCACCAUUGGCGAGGACACCAUCCGCGCAUCUCUGAUUUCAGCUGUGAGUGACAAGCUUCGCUGGAGGAUGAAGGAGGAGAUGGAUAGAGCUCAGGCAGAACUGGAUGCCCUGAAGCGAACAGAAGAGGACCUGAAGAAAGGACAUCAGAAACUGGAGGAGAUGGUUUCAAGACUGGACCAGGAAGUGACUGAGGUGGACAGGAAUAUCGAUCUGCUGAAGAGAAAGGAUGAAGAGCUGAGUGAGGCAUUGGAGAAGAUGGAGAACCAAUCAGAGAACAAUGACAUUGAUGACGUCAUUGUGCCCACAGCUCCGCUGUACAAACAGAUCCUGAACCUGUAUGCUGAAGAAAAUGCAAUUGAGGACACUAUCUUCUACCUGGGAGAGGCCUUGCGCAGGGGCGUCAUAGACCUGGAGGUUUUUCUCAAGCAUGUACGCCUUCUGUCCAGGAAGCAGUUUCAGCUUCGUGCCCUCAUGCAGAAAGCCCGCAAGACUGCCGGCCUUAGUGACCUCUACUGACCCUCCCCACUGACCUGGAAACAUUCAUAUCUUCAUGCUCUCUUCCUCUCUUCUCUUUAUCCUCUCUUUUAUUCCCUUUUUAACAUCUUCUUGUUCAAUCAGCUGCUGUCAAUGUAAUCUGUACUUAUGAGACAGAAAUCUGAACAGCAACAACAGAGAAUUGUAAAAAUGUAUGAAGAAUUGGACUUGGUCUUGUUGAGCACAGUGAUAUUUCAAACUGUGUGGCCACAGUUUGAAUAUGACAUCAUUUGUGUUUUGAUCUGACCAAAUAUUUCUUUGAGAUCAGUAUGCAUUAACAGCCACGAGCCAGUUACACAACAUGACAGCAUUACUUUUCCGCCCCAAAAUUUGUUAAGAAUUGCUGUGACCACGUUGUGAACCAGGUACUGUGGCUGACACAAAAACAUGCUUGACACACACAUCAUGUUGGUUAAAGUGAGAUGUGAGUCUGUUCCGUCUUUGUGAUGUCACUGGGUUGGCGCACAGUGAAUUAAUGUGUUGUCCUGUAUACAGUGGCAUUUCAAAGUUUCUGUGAUUGCUAGCUAAGUGAGUAAAAGAUUACCCGAUUUCCAAAAUUCAUAAAGUUAAAGAUCUCUGUAAUAUUUUAUGCAUGAUCAGUCCACCCUCAUGCGUGACAGUUGGAGAUUUCUUCCAAACAUACCUUUGCUCAUUGCAGCCAAAAAGUUUUAUUUUAACUUCAUCAGUCUACAGGACUCGUUUUCAAAUCGCACAUGUUUACUUGUUCCUUUGCAAACUUCUGAAGAUGAAUACUGUGGUGAGGAUACAGGAAAGGUAAAGUUGAGGUGACUCUUCCAUUUCAUAUUUGUGCAGGUGUUGCUACACAGAACAAUGCACCACCACAGGAGAGUUUGCUUAACCUUCCUGAAUAUCUUUUGCAGUCAAACUGGGGGUUUGAUUCGCCUUUCUAGCAAAUCUACACUACUCUCUGAAAAGCUUUUUUGGUCUUCCAGACCUCAGCUUGACCUCCACCGUUCCUGUUAACUACCAUAUCUUCACGUAUUAUGAACUUUUAUAUUAUUAUUUUAUACUAUUAUGAAAAUAGCUACCUGGAAACUGUUUACAAUCUUCUCAUAGCCGCAUCAAUUAUUUUAGUUUUCAGUGUGCUAGGCAGCUGCUUGCAGGAUAGAAUAUUCAUCUUUAUGCCUUGUGGAAAUCGGGUCAUCUUUCACUCACUUGGCUAGUCACAAUAACAAAUUUUCACAAAGGGUGCCCAAACUUUUGCAUGCCACUGUAUGUUGCACUACAGGGUAGCCCACAGGUUCUGUUAGCAAAUCCCUUUGCCAGACAAAGUCAUUUGGCUAGUAAGCACAAAUUGUUUGGGGCUAGUAGAGAGGGCCUUUGUAUCGAGCCCCAGAUGUCCAUGCCAUUCAUAAUGAAAAGGUUACGCUCUGAUAUAAAUACCCAUGGCAACCUUUCAGGAGGGACUGAGGUCGGCCUCGGGAUUUAAUGCUGCAUGAGGUCUGGCGCCUAUUCAGUAGCCAUGGAGUCAAAGUGAUCGCUUUUCAUACAGUAGGGAUGAUGAUGAUCAUGAGCCUGAACAGUUUUCACUCACUGUUCACUGUUUUGUUUGAGUCUGGUAAUGAGCUAAAUUUUAAGCCCCCAUGCCCACCUGUCCUCACUACAAUUUGUUUUUCCCUGUUGCUUGUUUGUGUGUGUGUGUGAGUGGGUCUGUCUGUCUGUCUCUCUCUCAACAGUGGUGUGAGUGAGGUUCUUUCAUUGUCUGUCAGCUGCUCAGGUCUACCCUCCAGUCUGACAUCAGUAAACAAUCGUGUACAUUGGUUGGUUUACUCUGUACAGUGUUUCUGUUUAAGGUGGACGACGGUCUUGACAGACUUUACAGGAUUACAAAGGAAAUUUUCACUUUUUUUUUCUUUUCUGCAUUCCUGUGUUGUCCACUCAUUCUCAGUCCUGCUGAGAGGUUUAAGUUUUCAAUAAACUUAAGGAAGAAGUUGUGAAUAAAGCCGGAGUGUACAAGGAUACAGAAAAUAACAUACAAAAGAACUAUUGUGCUGAUCAAAAAGUUAACUUAUGUAAAGUUUGCAGACAGGUCUCAUUUAAACUAGCCUUUUACUAAAUGCACUUUGAAUUGUAUGAUAGAAUAUCUACUGUUAUUUUUUUCUUGUUUCCAAUUCAACCAUAGACCAUCUGUUCUUUUAUAUCUGUAGAUUUAUGUAAAUCAGUACAAAUAAAAGAAAUCUGAUUUAA